UUCCGGUCCAAACCGGAAGACCGUGAGUAGCUGCGGCGGCGCUGACCCAUCCUGAGUGCCAAAGCUGGGCUUCUACUUGAGAUUUGCCUCGUGGUGUCAGGGUCCGGCAAGCAUCACGCCGAGGCCCAUUUUCCAGACGACUGCGACGAGACCAGGGUCACUGCAUUUUCUGGGAGGCACUGUGCUUGACAGUAGGAAGACAAUGCUGAGAUGCAGUCCGUGGCUGUGGAGUAACUCGAGCGUCUUCGGGGUGUAGCCUGUAAAUGUAUGAUGACGUUUCGAGCUGAACCCUGGCGCCCCUUACCAGCUUCCAGUUUCUCGAGGUGGCCAGUGUGGUGCUUGGUCCUUAUUUCCGGGAUGGACUUCCCCCGCUCCCUCCGCCCCGCGUUAUUUAUGACUGGACCCCUUGGUCUGAGCGACAUCCCUGACCUCUCUUUCAUGUGCAGCUGGCAACAUGCGCUGACUGUGCCAGAGACCCAGCCCCAGAACUCAGAGAACGGGGCACUGCAUGUGACCAAGGACCUGCUGUGGGAGCCGGCGACCCCUGGGCCUCUCCCCAUGCUGCCUUCCCUCAUCGGUGAGGGUCUCAUUCCUCCAGGCUCAUUCCACACUGCUCCACCUAUUCUUCCCGCGGCUCCCACUCCUGACACCUUCCUCUCCCUGCUAAGCCUGUGCUCGCUCAGGGCCCUUGGAUGCCUCCAGUCGCCCAGGGCAUCUGGCUGCACUCCUGUGCCCUCCCCAGCCCUUUCCAUAACCACCUCCUCAGAUCCCUGGGACCCUGGCCUGACUGCCCGGGACCUGCUUUUCCGCGGAGGGUACCGGUAUCGGAGGCGACCCCGAAUCGUGCUGGAUGUUACUGAGCAGAUCAGCCGGUUCCUCUGGGAUCAUGGAGACGUAGCCUUUGCACCCCUGGGGAAGCUGAUGCUGGAGAAUUUCAAGCUGGAGGGAGCAGGGAGCCGCACUAAGAAGACGACAGUGGUCAGUGUGAAGAAGCUGCUUCAGGACCUCGGUGGACACCAGCCCUGGGGGUGUCCCUGGGCUUACCUCAGCAACCGACAGCGCCGCUUCUCUAUCCUUGGGGGCCCCAUCCUGGGCACAUCAGUGGCGAGCCACUUGGCAGAGCUGCUGCACGAGGAGCUGGUGCUGCGGUGGGAGCAGCUGCUUCUGGAUGAGGCCUGCACUGGGGGUGCACUGGCCUGGGUGCCUGGAAGGACACCCCAGUUCGGGCAGCUGGUCUACCCUGCUGGAGGCGCCCUGGACAGGCUGCAUUUCCAAGAGGUUGUUCUGAGCCCAGGUGACAGUCCCCAAUUCCUUGGGAAUCCUGGACGCAUCCAGCUUCAGGGACCUGUCCGGCAGGUGGUGACAUGCACUGUCCAGGGAGAAACUCUGCUGGCCGUCCGCUCUGACUACCACUGUGCCGUGUGGAAGUUCGGUAAACAGUGGCAGCCAACCCUUCUGCAGGCAAUGCAGGUGGAGAAGGGGGCCACAGGGAUCAGCCUCAGCCCUCACCUGCCCGGGGAGCUGGCCAUCUGCAGCCGCUCAGGAGCCGUCUGCCUGUGGAGCCCUGAGGAUGGGCUGCAGCAAGUCUACAAGGACCCCGAGACCCUUGUGUUCCGGGACUCCUCUUCCUGGCGUUGGGCAGACUUCACCGCCCACCCUCGGGUGCUAACUGUGGGUGACCGCACUGGAGUGAAGAUGGUUGACACUCAGGGCCCACCGGGCUGUGGUCUGUUGCUUUUUCGUGUGGGGGCAGAGGCUUCGUGCCAGAAAGGGGAACGUGUCCUGCUCACCCAGUACCUGGGGCACUCCAGCUCUGAAUGCCUGCCCCCUACGCUCCAUCUCGUCUGUACCCAGUUCUCUCUCUACCUAGUGGACGAGCGCCUCCCCCUGGUGCCAAUGCUGAAGUGGAACCAUGGCCUCCCCUCCCCACUCCUGCUGGCCCGACUGCUGCCUCCGCCCCGGCCCGGCUGCGUGCAGCCCCUGCUCCUUGGAGGCCAGGGUGGGCAACUGCAACUGCUGCACCUGGCCGGAGAAGGGGCGUCGGUGCCCCGCCUGGCAGGCCCCCCCCAGUCUCUUCCUUCCAGGACUGACUCCCUCCCUGCAUUUCCUCUGCUGGAGCCUAAGAUCCAGUGGCGGCUGCAGGAGCGCCUGAAAGCACCAACCAUAGGUCUGGCCGCCGUCGUCCCACCCUUGCUCUCAGCGCCCACACCAGGCCUGGUGCUCUUCCAGCUCUCGGCGGCAGGAGAUGUCUUCUACCAGCAGCUCCGCCCUCAGACGGACUCUGACCAUCACAGAGACUCCGGGCCUCGCAGCGACACCGAAUCUGACUGUCGUGCCCCCACUGCUUCCUGGACCUCCCAGGACACUGCCGGCUGCAGCCAGUGGCUGAAGGCCCUGCUAAAAGUGCCCCUGGCUCCUCCUGUGUGGACAGCACCCACCUUCACCCACCGCCAGCUGCUGGGUAGCGUAGAGCUGCGGCGGGAGGAAGAGGAAGGGCAGCGGUCGGACGUGCUCCGCAAGGCCAUGGCCCAAGGGCGGCUGCUGCUGCAGAGAGACCUGGGCUCCCUCCCUGCGGCAGAGCCACCCCCUGCACCCGAGUCAGGCCCAGAGGACAAGCUCAGUGAGCGCCUGGGGGAAGCCUGGGCAGGCCGAGGGGCUGCCUGGUGGGAGAGGCAGCAGGGCAGGACCUCAGGGCCCGGGAGACAGCCCAGGCGGCCCAAGCGCCGGACCCAGCUGUCCAGCAGCUUUUCGCUCAGUGGCCAUGUGGACCCCUCAGAGGACACCAGCCCCCCUCACAGUCCUGAGUGGCCACCUGCUGAUGCUCUGCCCCAGCCCCCCGUGACCCCACCCUCCCAGGAGCUGACUCCGGAUGCGUGUGCCCAGGGCGUCCCCGCAGAGCGGCAGCAGAUGCUCCGUGACUACAUGGCUAAGCUGCCACCCCAAAGGGGCACCCCAGGAUGUGCCGCCACACCCCCCUCCUCCCAGGCCUCCAGCGUCUGGACCACCCGCUCCCAGCAGCACACACCCGUCCUCUCUGGCUCUCAGCGCCCCCGGAAGAAGCCUCGAAUGGGCUUCUGAGGACACAAGGUGGGCUGCCCUCAAACCCCAGAGAGCCCCUCAUCCUUCCUCCGGGACCAGAUGUGCCUUCCACAGUUGAAACUUAAGAAGCAGAGCUCGCCGGGUGCCGUGGCUCAAGCCUGUAAUCCCAGCACUUUGGGAGGCCGAGUCGGGUGGAUCACGAGGUCAGGAGAUCAAGACCAUCCUGGCUAACACGGUGAAACCCCGUCUC